AUGUCCAGCUCUGAUGAUUUGAGUCUUCGAGACAAACAAAUUGCUUUGAUCGAAAAGAUGUUGAUCUUCAACACGGACAAAUCCACCUACGACCUAACCUCCGGGUUGGACGGCCAGGAAGUUGUGUGGAAAGUUCUUGUUCUAGAUGCUAAAAGUACAGCCAUCGUGUCAUCCAUUUUGAGGGUGAACGAUCUUUUGAAAUCUGGUGUUACGGUUCACAGCCUUAUUCAACAAAAAAGAUCACCGUUGCCAGAUGUUCCUGUUGUUUACUUUGUACAACCUACUCAGGAAAAUAUCAAUGCAAUUGUCCAAGACUUGAAGGACGAUAAGUACGCGGAAUUUUACAUCAAUUUUACCUCAGUACUGAAUCGCGAACUGCUCGAAGAUCUCGCGAGACAAGUGUCCAUGACAGGCAAAGUAGAUCGAAUCAAACAAGUAUACGAUCAAUAUGCUGAGUUUGUGGUCACUGAACCUGAGCUUUUCUCGCUAGAACAACCUGCUGUGUUUCGGCAGCUGAACAGCCCUGAAAGUAGCGAAAAUUCUAUAAACGAGCUUUGCGACAGCAUUGCCGAUGGGUUGUACGAUGCGGUUAUGACUGUUAACUCCAUACCUAUUAUCAGGGCUCCCAAAGGUGGAUCCGCAGAACUGGUGGCUCAAAAGUUGGAAAGUAAACUACGAGACUAUGUUAUCAACACCAGGUCUAAUAAUGAUGGGUCACCUGCCUCAAUUGACAGAUUUGUGCUGAUUAUUUUGGAUAGAAAUAUUGAUCUGGCAUCUAUGUUUUCCCAUUCGUGGAUAUACCAAAACUUGGUAUUCGAUGUUUUCAAAUUGGCAAGAAACACGAUAACAAUUCCAAGCAAGACCAAAGAAGGGGAAGAGAUAGAAAAAAAGAUGGACAUUGAUCCCAAAGAUUUUUUUUGGUCUGCUAACUCCCAUCUUCCAUUUCCAGACGCUGUUGAAAAUGUCGAAGCUGCUCUUGCGAAUUAUAAGACAGAUGCCGAAGAGAUCACUAGAAAGACUGGAGUAAAUGAACUUAGCGACUUAGACCCUAGUGCAAAUAAUGACACACUUCAUAUACAAGAAGCAGUCAACAAACUUCCAGAAUUGACUUCAAGGAAGGCUAUAAUCGACACUCACAUGAGCGUUUUAGCAUCGCUACUUUCGCAAUUGGAAAGCAAAGGCCUAGAUGCUUUUUUCGAAAUUGAACAAAAUCCAGAUUCCCCCAAGACCAGACAGAGAUUUUUAGAAACUCUCAAAGACGACAAAACUAAUAACCUAGAGGAUAAACUAAGGACCUUUAUUAUACUGUACCUGACAUCUGCCGGCGAGAUACCACAAAGCUUCAUUCAAGAAGUGGAGAGAUAUUUUGAAAGUCAAAACUACGACAUUGCGCCCUUGAAAUAUAUUUAUAGGUCAAAGGAUCUCAUGAAGCUGUCAUCCAUGUCGUUACAAAAUAAAUCCCUGGAAAGCAAUGGCUUCGACGCCAAACAGCAUACUGCGGGUGCUAAUUCGUCUGUUCUAUUAUCAGGCUUAUCUAAUAAGCUUUAUGGGCUCACCGAAGGUAAAAUUCAAGGCGGGGUUGGUUCUUUGAUAUCUGGUAUAAAGAACUUCCUUCCCGAAAAGAAAACUAUUCCAAUAACAAAUGUUGUAGAAGCCAUUAUGGAUCCAUUGAAUAGCUCUCAAAAAAAUUUGGAAACAACAGAUAACUACCUCUAUUUCGACCCAAAGGUCAUUCGCGGCUCUCAUAGCAAGAAACCUAAGCGACAGUCAUACAACAAAUCGAUUGUUUUUGUGGUCGGCGGAGGGAAUUACCUAGAAUAUCAGAAUCUGCAAGAAUGGGCCCAUUCUCAACCUUCAAAUGCCAAAACAGUUAUGUACGGUAGCACUGCCAUCGUUACCCCAGAGAACUUUUUGGGAGAAAUAGCAACUCUUGAGUGA